GCGUCCCGCGCCAGUCGCGGCUGGUGGUGCGCUGAGGACGCGUCGGAGGCAUGUUCCGGCUGCUGCGCUGGCGUCUGGGCCGGACGCUGCUGCGGGCCGCGGGCCGGCGGUGCGGAGGAUGCGCCGCGCGUCUGCUGCCGGAGCGGGCGGGCGACACGGGGCCGGGCGCCGAGGGGCGGCCGAGCCGAGGCACGCCGGCGCGGGGACAGGGACUGCUGCCACUGUUGGCAGCGCUCGCCUGGUUCUCGCGGCCCGCAGCGGCGGCGGAGCAGUCGGGAGAGGACGAGACAGACGAGGUGGAGGCCGAGAUCAUCCAGUUGCUGAAACGAGCCAAGUUGAGCAUCAUGAAAGAUGAGCCAGAAGCAGCGGAACUAAUUUUGCAUGAUGCUCUUCGCCUUGCGUAUCAGAGUGAUAACAAGAAAGCCAUCUCUUACACUUAUGACUUGAUGGCCAACUUGGCAUUUAUACGUGGGCAACUUGAAAAUGCAGAACAACUUUUUAAAGCAACAAUGAGUUACCUUCUUGGAGGAGGCAUGAAGCAGGAAGACAAUGCAAUAAUUGAGAUUUCUCUGAAGCUGGCCAGUAUCUAUGCCGCUCAGAAUAAACAGGAAUUCGCCCUUGCUGGCUAUGAAUUCUGCAUUUCAACUCUAGAGGAAAAAAUUGAAAGAGAAAAGGAAUUAGCAGAAGAUACUAUGUCAGUGGAAGAGAAAGCCAACACCUACCUUCUCCUUGGCAUGUGCUUGGACUCUUGUGCGCGCUAUCUGCUGUUCUCCAAGCAGCUAUCACAGGCACAAAGAAUGUAUGAGAAAGCCCUGCAGAUUUGUCAAGAAAUACAAGGAGAAAGACACCCACAGACCAUUGUGCUGAUGAGUGACUUGGCUACUACUCUGGAUGCACAGGGCCACUUUGAGGAUGCCUACAUUUAUAUGCAGAAGGCGUCAGAUCUGGCAAGAGAGAUCAAUCACCCUGAGCUGCACAUGGUGCUCAGCAAUCUGGCUGCCAUCUUGAUACACAGAGAACGAUACACACAAGCAAAAGAGAUCUUCCAGGAAGCACUGAAGCAAGCAGAGCUGAAAAGAGAUGAGGUUUCUGUACAGCACAUCAGGGAAGAAUUGGCUGAGCUGUCAAGAAAAAGUAGACUUUUGACUUAAUUUUGUUAAGCUGUGUAAGUUCGUUUUGUUGUAGAGAGGGUAAUCUCUGAUAGCCCAAAGGAGUAACUGUUCUUCCAUGUCUGGAUCUCAAGCAGUGGUGUGAAUCAUUGUUGGAAUUCAGCUUUCUUCAACUCAACCUCACUGAAGGACAAGUAUACACUGCCACUUUUAUUUCUAAAUUUAGUUUACUUUGAGAUGGUCCUCCAACUUGGGAGUCCUUCUGCCUCAGUCCCCCAAGUGCUGGGACUCUGCCUGGCCCUACUUGUGUAAAGUUGCAGCAGCUUCUACCCUGUACUGACAGUAACUUACGAGAGCUUGGUGUGAAGUGCUGCUUCCCAGUGCAGCGUGGGAGAGGCCGUCCAUUUGGUCCGUGAAAACUGUAGACUCUUAGGUGGCCACCUUCUCCACGGUGUGGUCAUUAUACUUUCCCUAAGAUUUUGGUUCCUGCUUUCUCUUCUCUAUCCAUUUCUGGCAAACAAGUUACUUGUCUGAUGGCACAGGAAGAUUUUGGUGAGUUCUUUUAUAGUCUUUUAAUGAAGCAUUGCAAAAUUUAAUCAAUAUGGGGAAGAUAAUAAUUCUAGUUGGCCUCCAGUAAGCAGCAUUCACUUCUGAAGUGGAAAUUAGGCACUUUGUCACCUGUCUGGGCAGUGGGCUUCCUUUACAACCAGUCACACGGUAGUGUCGAGCUGGACCCGGUAACAGUACUGACAGCACUGAUGCAUGCCAUUGGCAGUGUGGAACCACUGACCUGGAUCCUACUUAGCAGCACUGGCUAUUUAGCAAUCUCUGUAUUUACACCUGUUAAGUGGAAAACCAAUUAGAUUCUCUGUCUGAUGACUUGAAUCUACUAUUAGGCAUUAAACUUAGUCACUGCCUCAGAGUACACACAAUUGGAUGCCUUUACCUCGACAGCCUGGCAGAUGUCCAUUGCCUGAGAGAAAAGAUAGGUUUUCUGGGUGCCCUGAAGGAACAGGUGGUUUUGGCAUCCUGGUGGAGGUCGGUGACGUGAGCAGGACUGGCCAAUGGGCUUUUGGUUCCUAUGUUUGUACUGGGAGAAUCUUCAUAAUAAACUAGAGGCUAUACAA